CGGAAUCACAGAGGCAUGUGUCCCAGAGGGACACACCAGGAACAACUUUCUUUCUUUUUCUUUUUUUUGGUUAGCUGGGAUCAAACUUGGGACUUUGCACUUACGAGGAAGGUGGUGGCACCACUGAGCUAAAUCCCUGGCCCUAGUUUGCUUUCCUGAGGAAGACAGAAGGUGCAUCCCUCAUUUUAGUCCUUCUGUACCAACUGCAGGAAGGAGUUGGUUGGAUGCCAAAAAUGGAGUAACAGUGGGCUGGAGACACCCUGCCCAAUGGGGUGUGGCAGAAGCAGGGGGAGGUUCUUUUGCAAUCCUCUGUCAGGGAGGUGUGGAGAGGGCUGAUAAGCAUCUCAGGGAAGGGCCCAUCAUCUUUGCCCCUAAAACACAGGAUGAGUGCCUGCUUGGUGCAUUCUAAUUGCAGUGUUCCUCUGAGGUAGACAUGGAAGUUCCUAUCUUAUGCAUGAAAAAACUUGGGCCAAGAAAUUAUCUGGAAAGACAGGACACCCACUCAAAGUUGCUCAGCAGCCAAGAAAUGUGCUGGAUUUCUCCCUGCAGUGACACAGCUGGCCAAGCAUCCUUGAACAUUCAAGAUGGCUUGGUUCUUAACCCAAGGUCUUAUUUCAUGGCUUCAUCUUAGCGUUGGGGUCCCCAGGGGCCACGGUUCUGGGCUAGAGAUAACACAAGGUCAUCCCCGGUAGGGUAGGGCCUGACUGAGCAGGCUGUCUAUCCUUGUCUCAGACACCAGGGGCAGUGGUGGUGGGGAUCGCAGGCAGUGGCUGGCUGUGUCCUCCUGGCUGAACCUGGGCUCUAGAUUUUCACAUUUGCCUCCUCUCUCCCUUUUGUGGCCCUUUGUGGCCACUUCCUUGGGGUGGGGGCUGAAGCCACACAUACAGCAAAGGAGUGGGCCCGAAGUACCCAUGAGUAGACAGGAUGCCUCCUCCAUUGGGGUGGACACUGGGAAGCAUCCCUGAGCGAGUCAUAGCCCAGGGGUGGGGAAGCUUGACCAUUGAGCAGGAGGAUGAUUCCCAUGUUGGCUACCAGUAGUCUGUCGGUGCCAGGGGGCGCCCGAGAGCUGGGGAUGCAACGCUCUAGGCUCGUCAGCACCUCGGUGACUCUCGCGGCCUUGCAGAGCUAGGGCGCAUGCGCGAACCAGCUCGCUUUCUGACUCUGGAGAACAGAGGGCUCGGUAGGGAAGAAGGCGCCUGGGUCUGUAGUUCCUGUCUGGCAGAGUACCGUUGGUCUACCCUUCUACUUGUCCCUAGCUUUGGCUCUUUUGGAGGGUGGACACCAACUGUACUCGGCCGUGCAGCCGUGAAUCCGUGCGGAUGGGCCCGCACCCCGUCAUAGUCCUCAGAAUCCACACCGCCCGACUCUGGCCAUGCGCGCAAAGCUGCUGCCAUUAGCCGGUCUUUACCUGGUGCAAGGCCUACCUUAUGGGUUGCAGUCUGGCCUUCUGCCUCUCCUGAUGCGGGCCCGCGGCCUCUCUCUCUCACGCGUGGGGCUGACCAAGGGGCUGUACGCACCAUGGCUGUUCAAGCUGGCAUGGGCACCUCUGGUAGACAGGCGGGGCUCCCCGCGGGCCUGGUUGGCACUCAGCACAGCGGCGCUGGGCCUGGUGUGUGCGUUACUGGCCGCAUUGCCUCUCACCGUGUCUGGCCAGGCGGGGCUGCCCGCCACCGUAGUGAGCCUGCUACUACUACUGAACCUGGGCGCGGCUGUGCAGGAUGUGGCCCUGGACACAUUGGCUGUGCAGCUCCUGGAGCCAGCCGAGCUGGGACCUGGCAACACCGUGCAGGUGGUCGCUUACAAGCUGGGGUCAGCGCUCGCUGGGGGAGGGCUGCUGGCCCUCUUGCCCAGUCUCUCUUGGCCACUGUUAUUUCUACUCUUGGCUGCCACCUACUGGCUAGCCGCUGCUCUGGCCUGGGCUGCACCAGCUCUGCAACAGCUGCCCUGGCCCCAACCCUCAGAGCACACUCCCCGCCAUCUGCAGGAUUUGCUGGCUGUGCCUGGGACUCUGUGGACAGCAGGCUUUGUGCUGACCUACAAGUUGGGUGAACAGGGUGCUGGCAGCCUGUUUCCACUCCUCCUGUUGGACCAUGGCGCUUCUGCCUCUGAGCUGGGGCUGUGGAGUGGCUUGGGUGCUGUAGCCUGCUCCAUUGCUGGCUCCUCCCUGGGCGGGGCCCUACUGACCAGGCACUGGCAGCCGCUGCCUUUGCUGAGGUCAGUGCUGCGACUUCGCCUCGGGGGCCUGGCCUGCCAGACUGCCCUGCUUUUCCACUUGGACACUCCAGGAUCCACUUUGGGCCCUGGCAUCAUGUUGAGAGGAGUGGCCUUGCUGAGUCUGUGUCUGCAGCACUUUCUUGGGGGUCUGGUUACCACCACCACCUUCACUGUGAUGAUGCACUGCAGCCAACUGGCACCCAGAGGCCUGCAGGCCACACACUACAGCCUCUUGGCCACACUGGAACUGUUGGGCAAGCUGCUGCCGGGCACCCUGGCUGGAGUGUUGGCUGAUGGCCUGGGUCCAAAUCCCUGCUUUGGUGUCUUCCUUGUGCUCUCAGCCCUGCCCCUUCUGGACCUGUAUCUAGCACCUAGCACCUUAGGCUGAGCUGAGCAGCAGGGCUGUCAAAGUCAGUUGUGUCUACAGCUGAAUGCUUGUCUACAACAUAUGAGAUGCAGUUGUCCUGAGACUGACAGUGGCUUCCUUUGAAGGAAGAGCCCAUAAAAUGACUUGAACACAUUUAUUCUGUACACUGGAGC